AUGGCGUACACGCCUUAUGGAGGCUCUCCAGGACCAUCAGCGUGGCAGCCGCUGCCCUCGCAGUAUCUCCCGACGCCGCCGACAGCUCUCGCAUUCGACCCACUUUCGCCGCUCCUCUUCGCGGCCAGCCCGACGGGAACCAUCGCGAGCCACUUUUGCGCGCCGAAUGCAGGGCUGGGAGGGAGGUACACGAGCUACCGCGGUCACUGGGGCGCGGUAGGCGAGAUGGGCAUCGACCAGUCCGGCAUCCUCAGCGUUGGAGGUGGGGGCAGCAUGCCUGGCAGGACAGGCGGCGGCGGGAGCGUCAAGCUGGCGAACCGAAGAGGCGUGACGCUGUGGAGCGUCGAGACUGAUCCGCCUGUACCGCUCACGGCCUUCGCUUACACACCUUCACGCUCGUCCGAGAUCAUUGCGACCGGUCCCGGCAGUGACCUCUUCGUCGUCAACGUCACGAGGGGCAGCAUCAUUCGGAAGCAACCCUCGCCACUCUCCUUUGUCCACCUUCGUCGCUCGACCCAACUCAUCGGCUCGACAAUCACCGGCUCGCUCGCUGUCCUCGAUGCCCGAACACCCGACAUCACAACGGGAGAAACGGUUCUCGCGCACACGGGCGGCAUCAUCCAGCUUGAGACCGAGGGCAACUACAUCGUCACGAUCGGGUACACCAUGCGACAAGGCCUCCCUCUUCCCGACCCUUACCUCAAGCUCUACGACACCCGCUACCUCCGCCCUCUCACGCCCAUCCCCUUCCCGACUCCCCCUGCGCUCGUCCGCUUCCACCCGCGACUAUCCGGCAACGUCAUCGUCGCGAGCUCGGAAGGCCGUGUACAAAUACUCGACUUGAAAGAUGUGGGAAAGAGCUCGGUCUUCCAGGUCGACACGCCGUCGAUGCUCACCUCGAUGGCCGUCGCGCCGACUGGCGAAGGGCUCGCGUUCGGCGAUGCGGACGGCUACGUGCACCUGUGGGCGGCAAGACCGGAGGAAGGCGAUGCCAAAUUCUGCCGCUACGAGGGCGAAGUCGAGCUGCCUGACCCGGUCGAACCUCCCGAGCGCAUCAACUGGCGAGACGACACCCCGCUCAACUCGAUCGGCAUGCCCUACUACACUUCUCCCCUCCUCUCUCUCCUCCCUCAGCACAUGACCUCGACCUAUGCCGCCUCGCACCGCCGCGUCCCGAUCGACUCGAACAUCCUCAAGUCGGCCAAAACGGUGGACUUCGUCGGCUAUGCGACCUACCCUCCGCAUCUGCGGAGCGCGGCUCGGCGGAAUCAGGUCCGGACGGGGCAGAGGUCGAAGAUUGCGGGAAGGCUGGGGGUCGAUGCGCCGAUGUUCAGGAGCGAGCGCGAGAGGGCGGAUGCGAAGCGAAGACGAGACUAUGGCGAUUCGGCUGCAACGGAAGACGAGCCGCAAGAGGAGGACAAUGCGGAGGAUGAGAUGCCGAAGUACUACCGCAAGGUCGAGAUCAAGUACAGUCGAUUUGGUAUCGAGGACUUCGACUUUGGCUUUUACAAUAAGACGCCCUACUCCGGCCUCGAGACGCACAUCACCAACUCCUACACGAACAGUCUUCUCCAAGCCCUUCACUACCUCCGACCGAUCCGCACACUCGCGAAAAGCCAUACCUUUGAGGCGUGCCCGAAGGAGAACUGCCUGCUGUGCGAGGCGGGCUUCCUGUUCCGCAUGCUCGAGGACGCGAAGGGGAUGAACUGCCAGGCUAGCAAUUUCUCGCGAGCGUUUGGCUCGAACCCGCAAAUCGCCGCGCUCGGCUUGAUCGACCACGAGAACGACGCCACCAAGUCUGUCGCCUACGCCACCCUCAUCCAGACGUUCAACCGCUAUCUCCUCGAGCAGUUGACGGCCGAGUCUGUCCUGCCAGCUUCUUCGAAGUCGAUGCCUUCGCAGCAGGUUUCGCUCCUCAAAAACGCGCCCGAGGAUUCGCAGCGGAAACCGCCGCUCGCACAGCUCGUCAAGGUCGAAACGCACAGCCUCAGCACCUGCCAGAACUGCCUCGCCAAGUCUGAUCGCGAGACGAGCCUGAACGUCAUCGACCUCGUCUACCCGCGCAAGGCCAUGUCAAACGAGGCUCCCGCACCCAACACCUUCUCCGCUAUCCUCGCCUCCUCGAUCAUGCGCGAGACCAUCGCCCGCCUUCCCUGCUCCUCCUGUCGCCAGAACACCCACGUCCGAGUCCGCCGCGCCAUCCCCGACAUGGCCCAGCUUCCGCCCGUCUUCGUCGUCAACGCUGGCGUGCGAACGGCCGACGAGCUCGAGCUCUGGAUGGACAAGCGGGACGGCAGCGCUGGCAGUAAGCGGUUCUUGCCGAGUCGGUUCACGCUGUCGAAGGGCGAGGGUGUGGCUGUCGUCGUCGAAUCGGACAAGCCCGCCGCAGGGAGCGCUGAGGCGAUCGAGUAUGAGCUACGGGCCAUGGUGGUGCAGAUUCAGGCAGAAGGCGACGCACCCCAUCUCGUCUCGCUUGCUCGUGUCGCGAGCGAGGAGGAGAAGCCCGGCUCUUCCUGGCACCUCUUCAACGAUUUCCUCGUGCGGCCCAUCAGCGAGGAAGAGGCGUUGAGCUUUCCGGGCAAGUGGAAGAUUCCGGCUGUCCUCUUCUACGAGCGACGAGAUGCGCCGCAGCUUCUCGACUUCUCCAAGCUUCCGCUGCACAGCGACCCGUCCAUUCUCUGCGAGGAUAUCACCAUCUCCAAGUUCCGAGACCGAUCACUCGUCAAGCACCAACCUUUCCGCCUGGACGAGCUGCCUCGCAAGGGUACACUCGUCGCUAUCGACGCCGAGUUUGUCUCGCUCCAGCAAGAAGAGGCGGAGUUCCAUUCGGACGGCACGAAGAAGGUUCUUCGCCCAUCACGGAUGACGUUGGCGCGAGUGUCGGUCUUGCGAGGCGAGGGUCCCGAGACGGGCAUCCCCUUCAUCGACGAUCACAUCCACACCAGCGAGCCCAUCGUCGAUUACCUCACCGAGUUCUCCGGCAUUCGAGCUGGCGACCUCGACCCGGUGCACUCGCGGCAUACGCUCGUCCCGCUCAAGGUGGCGUACAAGAAGCUUCGCAUGCUCGUCGACCUCGGCUGUGUCUUCAUUGGGCACGGACUCAACAAGGACUUCCGAAUUAUCAACAUCUACAUCCCUCCGUCUCAGAUCAUCGACACCGUCAACAUCUACCACCUCCCACACCGCCAGCGCAAGCUCUCGCUCCGCUUCCUCGCCUACGCCGUCUUGCACUCGAAUAUCCAGGCGGACACGCACGACUCGAUCGAGGAUGCGCGAACGGCACUGCAGCUUUACGAGCACUAUCAACGACUCGAGGCGGAAGGUACUUGGGAAGAGGCGCUCGAGGAGGUCUACCGCGAGGGGAAGCAGACGAACUUCAAAGCGCCGGUCGAGCCGCCUCCCUCGCUCCCUCGCACCGACUCUCCCGGCUUCGGCGCUCUCGGCCCGCUCCCUGCUCCCGCCGUCCAGCCGCAACCGAUGUUCGUCCGAGGCGUCUUCCCUGCGCCGAUGCCGAUGCCCCCGAGGGGGACGCGAGGGUUCAUGGGUUAG